AUGCGCGCCCCCUCACCUCUUCUCUUCAGCGGGCUCGCCUCCGCAGGAGUCCUCUCCCCCGCCAUCCAACCCCGCGCCGCCUCCAAAGCCACAAUCCGCUCCGUCACGGCAAACGGCACACUCUGCCCCGACGACACGACCUACACCGUCCACAUCAGCCCCGACGAAGACGUCUUCACGAUGGGCUUCAUUAACAACUGGGUCGCCACGGACCAGCCCUCGACAUCGGGAGGCUGCAAGCUCUCCGUGCAGAUGAACUACCCGCCCGGGUGCACCACGGCGAAUCUCUCCGCCACGGCCAGCGGCUUCAUGGACGGCGACGAGACGGUGCAGGGCCUGCUGAACAUCGACUACGUGAGCCCAGGGGGCAGGAGGGGAAACUUGAUCCGCGAGACGGAGGUGAAUUGGCAUUGGUCGCUGACAAACCCCGGGAUCGUGUGGUUGCAUUCGGCGAAGAUUAAUGGGAAUAUGGAGGUGAAGAAUCAGGAGGGCGUGGAUGUGACGGUGGAACUUGAUACGAGCAUCUUGGUGGAGAUUGUGCAGGAUGAUAGUGUGGGCGGGAAGUUUGAGUUUGAGCAGAUUACGAUGAAUAUUACGGAUGUGGAGUGGGAUGACGACUGGAGAGGAUGCACUCUUGGUUGA